AUGGACGUCAACGGUUCUCCACUGAUUCCAGGCAAAGGAGAGCGCAAAGAGCCGCAAUUGCACCUGCUUGACCGAACCUUUUUCCAAAUAACCACCGCCAACAUGACCCAAUCCAAGGCCGAUAAGAUUAGCGAGGUUCAGUCCAACCUGCCCCUCCCCGAGCAGCCCCCCGUCGCCUCCGACUGGAACUCUGCGGACGCCACAAAGGUCAACGUCGGCAGUGGCGGUGAUGCCGAGACCACCGUCGGCACGGGCACCGGCGCCACCUCCGGCCUGAGAGGCCCCGCCUCCAAGGCCAGCGAGGACCUUAGCAACGUCGGUCGUCAGGCUACUGAGGGCUUGAGCGGCGUCCCCAAGGAUGCUGCGAAAUAA